AUGGGAGAUGCUGUGGAGGAUCUGCCAUCGCUGCUGCAGGAGGUGGUGGAGCGAAAUCGCCAUGUCUCCGGAAUGGCACUGGUCUGUCAAGAAGGCGGCGAGUCCGAGGACCUUCCGUCCAUUGCCGUGGGCCUCGCGGCACCAAGCCCAGAGGAACAGUAUGGCCCAACGGUCGACUUCGAAUCUUCAAUGUUUAGAAGGCAGUAUCAUCGACAGCUGAUGGCCUGGCACGAAGCUGCGCCCACGCGGAGCGGCUCCUGGAGGACCGUCCAAGGCCCUGCAGGGCAGCCGCAGGAAGUGCUGGACUUUGAUGUGGAGAGCUGGAUUCAGUGGCGCCAGCUCCGGGUGAAGUUCAUGCAGCUGAAGCAGCAGGAGGCGUCGCUUCAACAGGCUGCAGACAGCGCGCGGACGGCGUGGACGGAACAGCUCCAUGCGUUGUCGAGGCGCUCGAAUGGCGCGUGUCAGACGCAGCGCCGUUUUCAGGCAGCAGCCGAGUUGGCAAGUUUGGUGAGGUUUGCUGCUGACGAGGUACUUCCUUCGCCUUCAGACUUCUUCAGGUCCAAUCAGCUGUGGCCGCCCGGUGCGGGCCUUCACGAAGAUGGAAACUCUGACCGGCAAGCGGUGGGAGAGAUGUCCGAGCUGUUCCUGUACAUUGCCUUGGACAAGUGGCUGGCCCGCCUCCUUGAAGAGGCCGGCAAAUGUGUCCCAGCUGCCGCCGCGGCUGCCAGAGCUGCAGAGCUACCGGCGAUGCCGAGCCGUCGUCAGGCGCAGAUCUCUUCGGGCCAGAGCUCGACGGAAACCGACAUCCAUGAGGUCCAUCCCUCUGCUCUUCUGCAGCAUCUUCCUGGUGGCCUCCCUGCUGUGAAAUCCGUGCUGCUGGCAAAGCACCGGGCGGGCAUGAUGAAGCGGCAGGUGGAGUUGAUCCGGAGCUGCUGUGGUCACUGUGGUCCAAAACCACCCCUGGAGCAAGGAGAAACUGCACAAGCUGCACCCGCCAACCUUCUGGAUGAGGUGAAGAAACUACUGCAAGACACGAAGAGAGCUUUGCUGACAGAUCCGCAGGCGGCCCAGCAGACACUUGCAUCGGCCCUGAAGCAUCUGCGUCUGGCAGAGGCUUUGUGCUGCGAAAGCCGCAAGCUCCGGAGCUUCUGGCCACUGCCGGAUGACAGCCGGAGCCAUACACCCGAGAUGGAAAACGACAGAACAGAGAUGCGACGCCUGCUUUGA